CUCUAAAAUAGUAAUAUCUACUGGGUUGACGUGUAUUGCAAAUCAUACGGCGACGAAGACGUCUUUCAACGAUAACAAGAAUGUUGUGCAUACUGAUGAUACUCACUAUUGCCAGUUUUACUGGAGCAGUCUCGACAGAGAGAUCGGUUGAGAAGCGAGCAACGGCAUAUCAACUCGUAUCGACUGAAGUGGAUUGGUACAAUGCUAAAGCUGCUUGUGAGACCCAGAACUCAAAGCUUGCAGAGAUUCGCUCACAGGCAGAUCUAGAUGCAGCAAUACAAGCGACAACAGGAUAUUCACGUCCUUUUUGGAUUGGUGUUAUCGAUCCACAAGAAGACAACACCUUUGAGUAUGCAACUGGUGGAGCCCUGACUUUCAGUAACUGGAUGUCAAAUGCUCCGUUCGUCUAUAACCAGGUCUCAAGUGUAGUAAUGUACCCAGGUUCGGGUGAAUGGGAAAAUGUUGGAACUUAUUAUACCUUUGGGUACCUGUGUGUGUCUGACACAGGUCCAGGUGUAUCAGGUGAUCCACAUAUGACAACAUUCGACGGUCGUCCAUUUAGUUUUCAAGGUAUAUGUUGGUAUACUCUGUUUAAAGACUGCUCGUCAUCAAAUCCUGAUUUUGAAGUAACAGCUGAAUUUGAGCCCAGGGAGGACAGUAGUAUUCAACAAGUCAGAACGCGAACUGUUUCGGUUAAUGUAACUGUUGGAGGUGACUUUGUUAUUAUUAAUCGAUUGGAUGUCGUUGCGGGUAGAGCUGACGAACAUAUGACUGAAGCAAGACCAAUACACGUUCACAAGGACGAUAAAACAAUCACACUGACCUUCACCUCCAAGGAUACCACAUUCACUCUGCACUGGACAUUGAAGAAGCACAGCUUACGAGUAUCUAUCGAUGGAUCUGACUACCGUGGUCAUCUCUGUGGUCUACUGGGUGAUGAUGAUGGUAACUCUCGUAACGACUUCUUAACACCUGAUGGUGAUGUAGUCUAUGAUGCCACUGAGUUUGGAAGAAGCUGGGAAGUAGAGGGAAAAAAAUGUGACUAACAGUUUCGUCGUAUAAAAGAAGCUGACCAUUUAACGUUGACAAUUAAAGGUGUUGAUAUGGGUACAA